AGAUGCCUAGUUAGACACAGACUGCCCUGACAGCGGUGGAGAUCUAACAGGUGGCUGCCACGGAACACAAGCUUCUUCCGACAACGCAUUUGAAGGUAACAAAGAAAAGUUAGUCGUGAAGGGCAGCUGCGAAACAAAAGCUAUGGACCGAUCCAAACAGAAGCAACUUCUUAAUCAGAAUGAAAAGCAAACGACGUCAGUAGGUGAUAGUUCAGUAAAUGGACAUUUUGACGGGGUGACGAAAAUGAAAAGCCGCGCCGGCUUACCUCUGGCGGGGUCCGGGGAAACGAGUGGCCAGUCAUCCGGUGCCAUCGAGAGUUGGAGGGAAGAACGCACCCGGAGUCUGGAGGACAAUGAGAUGAGCUUGCCAAGUAUCGCUUCUGCCUACACGACCAUCCUCAGGGGACUCGGAGAAGACCCUCAAAGGCAAGGACUUCUCAAAACUCCGUGGAGAGCCGCGACAGCUAUGCAGUUCUUCACUAAAGGCUACCAGGAGAAAAUCAUUGAUGUGCUGAAUGACGCCAUUUUCGAUGAGGACCACGACGAGAUGGUGAUCGUGAAGGACAUUGACAUGUUCUCCAUGUGUGAGCACCACCUGGUGCCCAUCUUUGGCAGGGUACACAUAGGCUACCUCCCCAAUAAGAGAGUGCUUGGACUCAGCAAACUGGCCAGGAUCGUAGAGAUUUACAGCAGGAGACUGCAAGUCCAGGAGCGGUUAACCAAACAGAUCGCCGUGGCGAUCACUGAGGCGUUGCAGCCCGCUGGCGUUGGGGUGGUCAUCGAAGCAACGCACAUGUGUAUGGUCAUGAGGGGCGUUCAGAAGAUGAACAGUAAGACGGUCACCAGCACCAUGCUGGGCGUCUUCCGUGAGGACCCCAAAACACGUGACGAGUUCCUUACGCUCAUCAGGAGCUGAGGUGCCCAACCCCCAAUACACACACACACACACACCUACACACACCUACACACACGCACCUACCCACACACACACACACUUACACACACACACACAUCUACACACACCUACACACACACACACACACACACACACACACACACACACACACACACACACACCUACACACACACACACACACACACACACACACACCUACACACACACACACACACACACACACGUGAUCACUCGCUCGUGAGGCUGGCUGGGACCCGGGACCUGGACCCUUCUCACUCCUGGCUGCCCGUGCUGUGUGGAUGGUCAGAUCAGCGUCUCAUCAGCCUCUCAGGACAAGGAGGACUCAUCUCGUCUGUCUGUGUGCAUCUAUCUUACCUCCACACACGACUCCUUAUCUCUCUCUCUCUCUCUCUCUCUCUCUCUCUCCUUCUCUCCUUCUCUCAUGUAGGGGUGUGCCUCGGUCUUACCUCCACACAUGACUCUCUCUCUCUCUCUCUCUUUCUUUCUCUCUCUCUCUCUGUCAUGCUGUGUGUAUCUGUCUAAGUGUAUGUGUCAGUACAUGAGCAUGUGUGUGUCAGUGUGUCUCGUAAAAGUGAGCUCAGCCUGUCAGUCUUAGUGCAUUUUUUCUCAGAGGUUACCAAGGUGAUGUGUGUGUGUGUGUGUGUGUGUGUGUGUGUGUGUGUGUGUGUGUGUGUGUGUGUCUUGUUUGUGG